CAUCUUCAGCAAUCUACAACCAUGUACAGUUUGGCUUUCAUUCCGUUGUUGUUCGCCGCCGUUUCGGCCGGAUACUUGGGCUCUACUCACGUCGCCGCACCUUUGGGUUACGGCUAUGGAGGUACAUACGGAUACGCCAGUAACGCUGUUGCCGCUCCUGUCACAUACGCAGCACACGCUCCCGUAACUUACACAGCAGCUGCCCCGGUCACGACUGUAGCCGCUGCUCCCGCCGUCGCUACCUACGGUGUCGCUCAUGCUCCAGUCGCCACCUACAGCGUAGCCCAAGCCCCCGUCGCCACUUCCUACGCUAACACUUACAGGACUGUCAACAAACCCGUUGUCGCUAGUUACGCCGCUCCCGCCGUCGCUACCUACGGUGUCGCUCAUGCUCCAGUCGCCACCUACAGCGUAGCCCAAGCCCCCGUCGCCACUUCCUACUCUAACACUUACAGAACUGUCAACAAACCCGUUGUCGCUACGUACGCCGCCCCUGCCGUCACGACCGUAGCCGCCGCUCCCGCCGUAGCCACCUACGGUGUUGCCCACGCCCCCGUCGCCACUUCCUACGCUAACACUUACAGGACUGUUAACAAACCCGUUGUCGCUACUUACGCCGCUGCUCCUGCCGUCGCUACCUACGGUGUCGCUCACGCUCCAGUCACCACCGUCGCCGCUACUCCUGCCGUCGCCACCUACGGCGUCGCUCACGCUCCUGUCACCACCGUCGCCGCUGCUCCUGCCGUCGCCACCUACGGCGUUGCUCACGCUCCUGUCACUUACGCUAGCUCCUAUGGUACAUACGCUCCUGCCGUUUCUACACUCACCGCCUCUCCAGCUGUUACCACCGUAGCUUCAGCCCCCGUCACCACAGUCGGCGUCGCCCACGCACCCGUCGCCGCUGGAUACGGUCUCGGCUACGGAGUCGGAUACGGAUACAACGGUCUCGGUUACAACGGUCUCGGUUACUCCGGCCUCGGUUACUCCGGCCUCGGAUAUGGUCAAAACUAUGGUUACUCCACCCUCCUCCAUCAUUAAAUAGACUGAAAUUGUUACGUACUUGCAAAUAUGUAUAUAAAAGGUCAAAAUAAAAAUAAUUGUUAUCUCUAA